UGCCACCGGUUAAUCACAUAUUUGCUGCAUGGGCACAAUAAUUUCAAAUUAUCACAAACGCAAACGCUUCGCGGUACCCGUGGCCAAAGCGCGCGCGGAAGUGAAGUGGCACUGUUAUGGUAACCGGAAACUGCGCACCAACAACCCGACAUAGCAACAUAACUACAGCAGUAAACAGUUUGUAAGGCCGUGAAAUUAUUACUGUUCAAGCAGAUGGAUUUUGCAAGGAUGAACAUAUUCUACCCGGAAAUAAACAUAAAAAAUGAAGUCCAAAAAUUAAUGGUGAACGCCGACCAAGCUUAUGAACAACAUAUGCAAGAGAAGCGAAAGAGGUUGGCAGCUCUACUGCAAGCUGAAGAAAUGCAACAACAAGCGGAAGUUAUUGAAAAGCUGCGAGAGCAGGAAAUUGAACGCCUAAGAGCCAAAGAGAAUGCCCUAUUGGCUGUUAAACAGGAUAAGGAACGCCAGCGGGAGGAGUUCAUCAAGAACAAAAUGAUACAACUUAAACUCAACAACUGUGAUGAAAUCCGAACGCUAGUUCAGCAGAAAUACCACGAGGAGGCCAAACGAUGUCAACUUGCUCAGAUAGAAGACAAGAAAAAACUCAAACUAGCCCAACUGGACGAGGAACGCUUGUGGAAGGAGGUUCAUAUGAGGAAUUACAAAUUAAAGCUCGAUCGUGAAUUAAACGAUAAACGAAAACGCGUAUCCAUGGAAUGCCAAACCUUGCUGGAUAUCAAGGACCAAAUGAAAGAACGAACCCUACGAUUGGAGAAGGAGAAGGUUGAACAACAGGAAGCACGCUGUACAUCACUUCCAUUCCCCGAAGGCGAUCCGAAGUUGAUUCAGAUGAAAAAAAGUGAUUUGGCGGAAAAACUUAAGGAGCAAAUGGCCACAAACAUUAUGUUACAGAGGAAACGGGCGGAUCAAGAACGCGAUUUAGUGAAAGUAUUUAACGAAGGCAUGGAACAGGAAUUAGCUCGGGAAAAGGCAACUCGUGAUGCGGAGAAACAAACGUUGAAGAAACAAAUUGAUCAGUAUUACAAAUAUUCAAAGCACAUUGAAAAACAACGUUCGGUCGAUGAAGCUAAAAUGGAUAAGCUUAUAAAUGAUGUGCGACAACAAUACGACAAAAAAGAAGUGGAAAAUUGUAACGAAACACUAAAAAAACGCUGGGGAUUAGCAGAUAGUGUCUACGAGACCCAGCGAAUGCAAAUAGCGGAAAUGGAAAAACUGCGCCGCAAACAGGAAGAGGAUAAAAUAUUAGAGGGAGCCCGUGAGCGACAACUGUACGAAAAUCAUCUCCAGAAGAGCAUUGAGGCAAAUCAAAGGAUGCAAACUGCGGUUAAAAAGUAUCGUGAAACGCUAAAAGAACAAAUCAAAUCGGCAACAUUAGAACGCGAACGAUGUAAGCGGCAUGAUCAAACACAGACUAACCGCCUGGUGGAAGCUAACAUAAAAGAUCUAGAUUUCGUGCAGAGCUACGUGAAAGGAUCGUUCGAGAGCCAUUUCAAAAAGCAUCCCAAUACGGCAUUGAUGAGAAAGAAGUACUGAAGUUAAUUAAAAAUAGAUAAAUGAAAUAAAAUAUUGGCUUUGUA